UACCCUCUCCAUGUCAUCUCUCCCUUAAUCUCUGUCCCCCCCUCUCCCUCUCCGUCUCUCUCUCUCUCUCUCGCUUUCUAUCUCUCCCGCUCCUCAUACCUUAAUUAUAUCCAUAUGUCAGACCCUAGUUCUCCUAAAGAUGAGGCCCGCGUCGUCCAAUCACCACCAGAGCUAGACCCUCCUCCACCGCAGCCGCUUCCGUCGGCAUCGCCGCCGCCGCCCCCUCCUCCUCUUGCACUACACACGCUGGACCAAUUCCCAUACUCUCUUCCUACUUAUGCAGGCGAAGCCCCAUCCCCUAAGGGCAAAUCCCCCUCCCCGAGGCACCUGCAGCGAUCGUCCCCGAGGAGCAACCCCUCCGGCUCUGCCACCUCCGCCGGGAAGCACCCGUUCUACCGCGGCAUCCGGUGCCGGAGCGGCAAGUGGGUUUCGGAGAUCCGGGAGCCGCGCAAGACGACCCGCGUGUGGCUGGGCACCUACCCCACCCCGGAGAUGGCCGCCACCGCCUACGACGUGGCUGCCCUCGCCCUCAAAGGCGGGGACGCGGUCCUCAACUUCCCGCACUUGGUGAAGUCAUACCCAGUCCCGGCAUCCAGUGCGCCGGUUGACGUGCGGAGGGCGGCGGCAGCGGCGGCUGCGUCGAGGAAGGCGGAAACGAGCGGCGGCGAUGAUACGGCGUUGUUAGGUCAAGAAGGCAAUGAGGGCAAGGCUGGGAAAGAUCAUCAUCCCGAACAAAGCUCGAAACCACCGGAAGCCGAAUUCAUCGACGAAGAGGCGCUGUUCGAUAUGCCGAAUUUGUUGGUGGACAUGGCAGAGGGAAUGAUGGUGUCGCCGCCGAGAAUAAGCUCGCCGCCCUCGGACGACUCGCCUGACAACUCCGACAUGGAAAGCUUAUGGAGCUACUCUUAAGAUUGUUUCCCCAAUUGCUUGUUUCUUUAUUCUCCAAAAACUUCCUCAAUCAAAUUAAACAUCUCCAAUGACACGACACGAGACAUUUGACAGAUGAUUAAGAGGGCUUGUGUGUGUGUGGACUAAAACGAAAGUGAUCGAUAUUCAAUACUAGAUAGCCAGAACAUGAUUGAUUAUUCCUGGAAAAUACAUUGAGCAAAAGAGGUGGGGAAAAAAAAGGAGGAAAAUUACAGGGCAUGCAUGACAUAGUCGCAAUGCAGUGAUAAAUUUUAGUGCUAGCAGUUGAAGGAGGAGGCUUUCAAAGCAAAGAUAAAGAGCUAGGGUUUGGGUUUGGCCUUUUAUGUACAUUUCUUUUUUUCGCGGUAGCUUGUGCUACCUUGUAGUCUUUCUUCCUUUCUUUCUUUCUUUAUUUGUCUUCCUUUACAAUUGCGGCUAUGAUAUUCCCAACAGGUUAACUCGCU